AUGACUACUAGACUGAUUAAGGGUCACAAAAGUGUUCGUCUCGCAAAGAUAGAAAAUCAGAAUUAUGAACAAGUGACUUUCUCAAAAUGCCGAAAUGGUGUCUUCAAGAAAGCAAACGAGCUUGCUGUUGUGACUGGUGCUGAAGUUGGCAUCAUCAUGUGUCCACAAGGUAGCAAGCCUUACUCUUUUGGUCAUCCAAAUGUAAAUGAAACCAUCAACAAAUAUGUUGGCGAAGAAAGGCCUCCAUCACCAUCAUCACCAGGCAUUGAUGACAAGUAUGUCCAGAUGUUCCGAAAAGCCAAUUCUAGAGAACUUAAGACACGACUCAAUUCUCUACAAGACCUGCUGGAUUCUGCAUUAAAAUUGAAAAGCAAACUCAAGCAAAUGAAUAAGAAUGUGGAGAGCCAACAAGAGUGGUUUAAGGGUCCUAUAGAGAAGAUGAACUACACCGAGGCUUCAAUGUUGAAGGAGGGAUUGGAAGAUCUGCUCUUGAAGGUGAAAAACAAUGGUACUGAGCGUUAUGGUUACGAAAAUGGAAAGUGGAAGGCUGAAUAA